GUCGGCUAGCGUUGGCCGCGUCGACGCUCGGAGCUCGUCCCUUACUCGCCGCGAUUUUAGUGGAAACUGUUCGUUCGGUGUCAUUUGCAUAGUGAAACUUGAUUUGUUGGAUGAUGUGAAUGAAACUAUUUAGCAUACAGUUAAACGAGCGUUUGUGAAUGACUAAUUCAUAGUGGCACCACGUUACGGAUUUUAUGAGAGAAGUUUAUUCUAGUGCUUGCUGAGGUGAUGCGCGCGCGCAUGUGAAGCGAUGGCGCGCGGGAGCGUGCUCCUCCUGCUUUGGGUGGUCGCCAGUGUCGCCGACAAACAUGAUGAGCAAAGUUCUACGGAAUUUGAGCAUAGCCCGACAACCCCGUCGCCACCGAUACCUUUGAGGCCAGAAUAUGCGCAUCCAGCUGGUGCAGAGGCAUUGGACCCGUACAAUUCUGAAAAGAACAAUCCUCCUUCGCACCACAGGGACUACUUAGAGGAAGAUUACGAUCACGAAGGUCACAAAGAUGAUGACAAUGAUCACAAAGACGACGAUGCGGAUGAACUUCCGUCUUUAUCGGGGGAUCAUCUUCUACAAAGCUCUACUGAUGACUUGCCUAUGUUCCUUUUGGAGCCCCAGCACGCUUACGUAGUUCGCAAUAAGCCCGCGAUGUUGAGAUGUCGUGCUGCUAAUGCGUUGCAAGUGUACUUCAAAUGUAACGAUAUCAGAUCGAUUGGCAGUACACAGUUCGAAUUCGUUGAUCCGCAAAGUGGUGUGAGAAUUGUCGAAGCCGAGUGUAACGUGACUAGAGACCAUUUGGAGGAAUAUUUCGGCGAAGACAGGUUUUCCUGCACGUGUCAUGCAUGGAGCAGUCGGGGUGAAAUAAGGAGUCAGCCUGCUAUUGUGGAGCUAGCAUAUCUGAAGAAGCAGUUCGUCCUCGCCCCAUCACCGGUAUCAGUGGAGGCAGGUUCUGCUGCAUCAUUGCGAUGUUCCCCACCAGCCGCCGCUCCUCCCCCGAGGGUGACUUGGAUGAAGCAUGGCAUUCCCCUCCAACAGGAUCACAAUGUGCUGAUAUCACCUGAAGGAAACCUACUGAUUUCACGAGCUACUUUGCAAGACAUGGCGAACUAUAGUUGCGUGGCUGAAAACAUAGCUGGGAAAAGGAUUUCAGAAUCGGCUACGUUGACUGUUUACGUAAACGGGGGUUGGAGCGCUUGGGGCCCGUGGACUCAGUGUCGGUGCAACGGUCGAGUCGCGGGGCAACGCCGAACCCGCACCUGCACAGAGCCUCACCCCCUCAACGGAGGGGCCCCAUGUCAGGGCCAGAGCGUUCACAAGACGUCGGAUUGCCUGCUGUGUCAGAACGAUGGAUACAAUAUGGAUCUCCAAGUGUAUGAUAACACACAACAGCUGCUGAUAGCGUCUCCCGGAAGAUGGGGAGCAUGGACGGAGUGGUCGGUCUGCGGGUCUGACUGUCGACAGACGCGGCGGCGGUCUUGCGUGGGUGACGCCUGCUCCGGCGCCCAGGUCCAACACGCUGACUGCGUGGGAGACUACUGCGGGGUUCAUGGAGUUGCCGCACACAGUGAUGUACCUCUGUACAUCGGCAUCGCUGUUGCAGUAGUGGUAUUCUUAGCUGGUGCUGCUGUGGUUUACAAGCUGCUGCAGAGGAAGACGAGGGAUCAUUCCCUUUACACCAUGACUAGAACCGACUUUCAACCGGAAAUGUAUCCGACUGUGGAGAAACAGUCCCUGUCUCUGGCGCCUGAUUUGAUGCAGCACCGUCCGCCUCGGUACGAGCAUCCACCCCCGGAUCCCAGGACUGAACAUCAUUAUGAUGUGCCGCAUCUGACUAAUAGUUACGCAUCACCAGUGGAUCACCAGGUGACUCCAUGUGCAUCGAGCAAGGGCCACAGCGACGAAUAUGACAGCAAGCCCUACACAGAAUCUGAACAUUCCGCUUCGAGUUGUUUUACUAGCUCCGGGUCCAUGUACGACGCAGCCAACGAAUCCGUCACGCUGCAACUAGCGGAACUCGUCUCGAACUCACCUAUAUCCCAGUCUCUUUCGGUUUCGAGUUCGGGGGCCAGGCUGGCCCUGCCCGCAGCUGGUGUGGCCCUGUCUAUCCCCGAGGGGGCCAUCAGUAGGGGCCGGCGAGACCAGAUUUAUGUUGCGGUGGUUAAAGAUGACAGAUACAGAUACAGACUUGGGAAAGGUAUCACGCAGCUGAGCCCGGUAGUGAAGUGUGGCCCCCCGCGCCUCCAGCUCAACAAGCCCGUCGUCCUGCAGAUGCCGCACUGCGCCAGCCUCAAGCACGGCUUCUGGAACCUCUCCCUGUACGCCAUCGACCACGGCAGCCCCAAACCCGACCCCCAGUGGCGGAAGGUGGUCAGCCUCGGCCAGGAGACCAUCAACACGCCCGUGUUCACCCAGCUCGACAGCGACAAGAUAUUCCUCGUCACAGACACGCUAUCCACGUUCGUGCUCGUCGGCGAGAGUUUCAACGGAAAAGCCGUGAAAACGCUCCAAUUAGCCGUGUAUUCAUCACCGCUGACCCAAACGUGCUCCGAAUUCAACGUUCGCCUGUACAUUUUCGAGGACACGCCCUGCGCGCCGUACUAUUGUCAGGAGCAGGAGAAAAAAUUAGGCGGCGCGCUGCUCGACCGCCCGCGAACAUUGUUGUUCCAAGAUGGCGGGUCCAAUUUGUGUCUGAAUUUGGAGCACGUCAGCCCCGGCUGGCGGAUCAAGCCCGGUAUUGCCUACCAGGAGAUUCCGUUCGAUCACGUGUGGGGCUCGAAUUACAACGCGCUCCACUGCAGCUUCGUCGUCGAGCGGAUGUCCGACUGCGACAGCAUCGAUUUCGUAGUCUCAGCGUGCCAGCGGACGAGCAUGUCGUACAAGCAGACGUUUCGAAUAUCGGUCGAGGACUCGCGCGGCCGGUCUCCACGUGGGCGCUCGCCCCGCGAGUCCCAGCGGAGCUUCAACAUCACCGAGAACAUAAUGGACGCGCGAAUGUGCCGCAGCGACGACGGGAGCGAGGGCAGCGUCAAACGGAACAUGACGGUGAACGAGACGGGCGCGAGCGAGUGCGCCGAGAGCCCGUUCAAGCUGAGCGGGAGGGUGAAACGGCAGCUGUGCGCCAUAUUGGACCCGCCGAACGCUCGCGGGAACGACUGGCGCGCGCUCGCCGCCAAGUUGGGCGUGGACCGGUACACGACGUGGUUCGCGACUCGGAGCUCGCCGACGGAGGCCAUCCUGGAGCUGUGGGAGUGCCGGGAGCGCGGGCCGGGCGCCACGUCGGCGCUGGCGGCGGCGCUGCGCCAGAUGGACCGCCACGACGCCGCCGACCUGCUGCAGGGCCGCCCCUCCUGGUUAUGAAUUCCUCCCGCGUAGUUAAUGUUGCGAUAGAUCGUCUAGUUUCGAGGGCCGCGGCCUAAAUUUUUAAAGUAUGUAGUUAUUUUGUAUAGAGCCUACCUAUGCUGUAGAUAAGCGUACGAAUAAAUUAUAUAAUAGUAGCAAUAAUAGUGCCUAAUCUUUAAAAGAACACUGCCAACGAUUUUGGUUGGCCUACGGUUUGUUAUUUUUGUUAUUUUUUAUAAGUGUUUGAGUGUGAAGAAAUGUAUUAGUGGGUUUUUGUUCUUGUGCUUAAGUAUAUUCAAUGUAUUACGUUGGGAGGCGAAGCGGCCGCUACCAGUUUUUAAGAAAGAAAUACUUACGAUAGAUUUAUUUGUUAUGUAUAUUAUUGAUGUAAGUAUAUUUAUUUUAAAAUUUCUAAAAUGUGUUUUUAAAACUACGUGCCAAAUUAAAGAUGCUGCAGCAUUGUUGGCGGGCCGAGCAUGAGCUAUGUUAGCACUCCGAGCUUAUAUUAAUGGAUAAAGUUAGACGUUUCCCUAAUAGUAACUAAAAGACUCAAUUGCAUUUAUGAGCUGAACUACACUGCCUCUUGUAUCGAUUGGACUUCUCACCAUUUCAUUCGCAAAAUUACGCACACUUUUACGAUAUUUUUUAUAACUUUGCUACUACAGUCUACACUUUUUAUCACCAAAAAUCAUACUUUCAUAAGAAUAUUAUGUCAUCAGCUUCUAAUUAUAAAACGACUGUUUAAUUUAUUGUUCCUACUGCAAGACAAAGUUGUGUAACCCCAAAAAACUAAAAAAAUGUACAAAAAAUAUUUAUUACGCUUGAUAUUAUACAAAAAUGAAAUGUUGAGAAUUUUGAUUGCAACUAUUUUAACCGAUUAUAACUUGAAAUUCUAUUCAUCACUUUUGUAUAUAAAGUAUGUAUAUACAUGUAUCGCGUAUAUGACACGUAGGACAGAAUCGAAUAAUCAUUAUAUUAUGUCACCACCUUAGACUAUAUUAUUAUAUAUAUUUUUG